UUUCAAUUUAUAGACUCUCCUACGAUUGUUAUAAAAGUGACCGUUAAUCCUCACGAUCUCCUAAUGAAUCCAGCCUCGGAACAUCCUGAAUGCAAUUGACUGCAUUCCCUACACUCAUUAAUAAUUCGUUGCGACAUGGCUGUUAUCAGCAAGCUACUGCCUGUGGCAGCUGUCUUGCUAGGUUGCGUGAACAAUGCUGCCGCUCUAGCUGUGCGUGAGCCUGUAGACAGGUUGGACACUUACUACCGUGUUGAGAUUGGCCCUGGUUUCACAAAGACUACCUCGUCACUCACGGACCUGGCUAGUAAACAUGGCUCGGCAGGUAUUGGGAAGCGAGGGCAGGAAGACCACGGCCCCGACUGUGAUUGCAAACUUCACACAGUAUACAUGACGCAGCGGGACUUUGACAAGGUCAAUCGUAGCGAAGGAGCUAUGGACCAGCCUGGCAAUGGAAACUCCGUCGAGAGUGAUAAUGGACCUCGAGGAAAGACUGGUUAUCAAGGUCCACGAGGAUCUCGGUUUGCUAAGGCUGCUCCUUGGCCGUCAAACCAGAAUAGCACCCAGGUAGUCCAGAAUUCUGGUUAUCAAGGCCAGAACAGCGCACAAAGUUAUCAAGGCCAGCAGAACAGCGCACCGACUUAUCAAGGCCAGCAGAACAGCGCACCGACUUAUCAAGGCCAGCCAGAACAGCGCACCGACUUAUCAAGGGCAUGAUAGCGCACAAAGUUAUCAAAGCCAGAACAGCGCACCGACUUAUCAAGGUCAGAAUAACGCACAGAGUUAUCAAGGCCAGAGUAACGCACAAAGCUACCAAGGGCAUGAUAACGCACAAAGUUAUCAAAGCCAGAACAACGCAUCUGGUUAUCAAGGCCAGUAUGGUGAUAAAGGUCAUCAAACCCAAAAUGUC